AUGACAGAUCCUAAAGUCUUCAUCAACAAAAAUGCCAGUUAUGAAGACGUUAUUGUCACCACUGACGAGGAACAAGACCACUAUCACAAGAAAAAUGACAAUGGAUCCAAUGAAGUUCUAAGUGACACUUUGGCAUCAUCUUUUGUCUCACAAUUCAGAGUUCCAGAUUAUUCAUCGUCCGAAAUGCAUCCAAGAAAUAUCAAAGCUCUCCCAUUACCGGCCUUCAAUAAGCGACCUUUAAGUGAUACCCCAUUUGUCUCAAACCAUACUCUGCCUGUUCUAUCUAGCGAUAAUAAUACACCGAUGGGAAACAUUAGUGACAACGAAUUGGCAUUAUCUCCAAUCACCGCAUCAUCGAAACCUCAUCACACCCCGCUUCAAAAGAACGCUAGCGCAUUAUUUGAGGAGGCUGACAACGAUGCCGAUAACGAUGAUAGUGAUGAAGAAGAUCCCAUUCUUGCUUCCAAGAAAUUUUUAGAUAGUAAAAAACCAUUUACUGUGGUACCCCAAAGCCGAAUAGAGCGCCAGACCCAACGGCCCAAACGUCGUGCCACUACCCUCGAUGUUCCUGGUCUAACAAAAUCUCGAGAUUCCCCUGAUGGCACUAUUGCUUCAUUAGAUGUGGCUAGCAAGCUUGUUAUUGUCAUGGUUGGUUUACCAGCACGCGGAAAAUCAUACAUCACCAACAAGUUGGCGCGCUAUUUAAACUGGAUGCAUCAUGAUUGCAAAGUGUUCAACGUUGGCAACACCAGAAGAAAAACCGAUUCUCAUAAUUUGGGCCCAUCGUCAAAACCAUUAACGGAUAUCGAGAAUACUAGUCAUUCAGCGAAUUUUUUCUCGCCAGAUAACAAGUCGAGUUUGGACAUUCGUGAAAAAUGGGCAAUGGAUACCCUUGAUGAGUUGUUGAAAUAUGUGUUGUACGGCCCUGGAGCAGUUGGCAUCUUUGAUGCCACCAAUUCGACGUAUGCUAGACGUGAACGAAUUGUUCAACGUAUUAAUGAAUCAUCAGAAAAUAGAUUGAAAAUUCUAUUUUUGGAAAGUUAUUGUGAUGAACAAGCUUUAAUUCAGAGUAAUAUUAGACUAAAGCUUUCUGGUCCAGAUUACAAACAAAUGGACAAGGAUAAAGCCCUCAUUGAUUUCACGGAAAGACUAUCGAACUACGAGAAAGUUUAUCAGACUUUAGAUGAAACCAAGGAAAAAAAAAUCUUUAAAAAGAAGCAUAUUGGAUACGUGAAAAUGAUUAAUGUUGGAGAGAAAUUCAUCACGUUCAAAAUUUCUGGGUUUCUUGCUUGUCAAACUAUUGAAUUUCUUUUGAAUUUCAAUCUCAAAGAUAGACUUAUCAUUUUGACCCGUCAUGGGGAAAGUUUUGAUAAUGUUGAAGGGAGAAUUGGUGGUGAUUGUGGGUUAACUGCUAGAGGUGUUAAAUUCGCAAAAGCACUCACCAAUUUCGUAACUCAAAAACGUGAUGAAUUCAACAGAAUUCAGCUUCAAGAGGCAGCUCAAAAUAUUGUUCAAGCCCAUGACAAAGAAGAAGGUGAUGCUAGCGACGAUGAUGAGACUUCUGAGCAGACGUUUGGUGUUUGGACUUCAAUGUUGAAAAGAAGUAUUGAUACCGCGAAAUAUUUUAAUAGUGAUGAAUUUUUUGUUAAAGAAAUGCGAAUGUUGAACGAACUUGGUUCCGGUAAAAUGGAAGGCUUAACCUACAAAGAAAUUCAGGAGAGAUAUCCCCAGGAAUUUGAAGCUCGAAUCGAAAACAAAUUGACAUAUAGGUACCCUGGACUCGGAGGCGAAUCGUACUUGGAUGUUGUCAACAGACUUAAGCCAAUAAUAACAGAAAUAGAACGUGCUGAAGACCAUUUAUUAUUAAUUACUCAUCGUGUUGUUUCGCGAAUCUUGCUUGGUUAUUUCUUGAAUAUUUCCAAGGAGCAUAUUGGCGACUUGGAUAUUCCAUUACACUCGGUGUAUAUCCUUGAACCAAAACCAUACGGUGUUGAUUGGUCACUCUAUGAAUAUGAUGAGCACAAGGAUAGUUUUUUCAAAGUUGAUAAAUUUAAGUAUACCAAGAGAUUGAAAGAAAAUGAUUUGAGUAAUUCGGGACGCCAGCGGAAAUAUAGUGUGGUACCAUCAGUUCCUUCAGGUGCAUUGGGAAGGUUUAGGGAAAGUCGUUCUGGCAGUAAUAAUUUGCACAGACUAAGAAACUUGAAUGAAAAUUAUGAAUCAACCGGUGGUUUAAACUUUCUUGAAGCCGUCGCUAGCGUUCAUAGUAAAAGACCAUCACACAGCACAUCACAUAAUGACGAUAGAAACCCUUUUGAGUUAAGUCAUCUCAAACAGCGUCUCAAUGAAGUACAACGCUCUCAGAAUAAUGGUAAUGAGUAG